AUGAAGUUCCUAUAUUUGACUCAAUUGAUAUUGGGAUAUCUCCUAUUCCUUUUCUCUUCUCCAGCAAUUGCUGGUAACUCAAAGCUGGUCCAAUCGCUGAUUGAUAGCGAGGGUGCUGACGGGCCCAUCCAUCUCACCGACAGAACAUUUGCAAAGAUUGUUAAUGGUCCUCGUGAAUACGAUAUCCUUGUUCUUUUGACAGCAUCCGGGCCCCAGUACGGAUGCACUUUCUGCAGAAUGUUUGAACCCCAUUUUAAUCAUGUUGCCAAGUCCUGGUACAAGUCUCACAAGAAGCUUGGUGAUGGUCUUAUCUUUGCAACAGCUGAUAUUUCAAAGAACUCGCAAAUUUUCAAAGAGCUUAAACUUACACAAGCUCCAAAUGUCUGGAUAUAUAGAAAAACUGAAGAUGUCGGAAACUACAAAUCCGGCUAUACCGCAUACGAAUACCCUCACAUUGAAGAGCAAGCAGAUGGUCUUGCCGAAUACAUUCGCCACGAGCUCGGCUACCGUGUCCAACUUGAAAAGCCCUUCCGUUGGGACAAGGUCGUUAUUCCUGCUGCCAUUAUUUCGGUUGCAAUUCCUCUUAUCAAUAUCUUUUGGAAGCAGAUUCUUUUUUUCUUCAAGUCAAACAAGGUAUGGAUCGCUCUUACCCUGGUGUCGGUCCUUCUUUUUACUUCAGGCCAUAUGUUCAACACUAUCCGCAAAGUCCCUUACAUUGCUGGUGAUGGUAAGGGUGGCGUCACUUACUUUGUUCCUGGCCAUCAAAAUCAAAUUGGCAUUGAGACCCAAAUCAUUGCCGGUGCUUAUGCUAUUAUGGCCUUUUCCACAAUAUUGCUUGUUACAAAGGUCCCUGUUUUAAAGAAUGAUCAGGCUCAAAACAUUGCCGUCGUUCUCUUUACUCUCAUCACAUUUCUUGGAAUGUCUUUUGUGAUUUCCAAAUUUCAAAUCAAGAACGGUGGAUACCCUUACAGUCUUUUGAAAUUAUAA